AUCAAUUGAUGAUCGGGACAGGCGCGCCAUCAAAAAAAUUGAAAAUGUUAAACUUCAUACCAAACUCAUCGGAAUCAGUCAUUUUAACCAAAGCUGGGCUUUUUAAUAAACUUUUACCUUGUAUUGAGCAAAAAUAUAAUCCAAACCAAGCCUUACAAUGUGAAACACUACCACUUGGUAUACCACCAUUAAUUCCCUCCAUUAAAUCAAGAUUGGAAGAUAUAUUAAGAGAUGCCCAAAAAAAUAUAACAUAUAACAUUGAACCAGAAAACAAGAUUAUUCCAUGUGAUUUAGACCAUCGACUUUUAUUUAACUUUAAUGUACCUCCUUUUCAAACAGAAAUUAAAGAAAAAUUUGAUUUAAAAACAGGAGAAGUCAUUGGAUAUGAAGAAGUGUUUAACACUGAUAGCUGUGAUCAAGAGAUGUUUAAAGAUAUUCCUAAAAAUAUACCUGAUAUUAUUGAUGAUGCUGAAGAAUUGUUUGAUUUUUGUUUUCCCAAACAUAAAAUUGUAUUGGAACCUUUUCAUAUAAAACCUCUUGACAAUGAUGAAAUAUUAAAAGUUAAAGAAAUAAGAAGCAAAGAUGAUAUUACCCAAACAUUAGGCGAUUUAAAAAUAUCAAAGGAUGAUUCUUCCAAAGGACAAGAGAGUGUCAUGGAUAUCGAUGAUCUUGAUCCUAAAUUGAAGCAGAUCUUGAAUUUGACGGAUAAAGAUACUCCAUUAGGGAUUAUUUUGCAAAAAUCGCUAUCACUUCAAAAGCAACACAGUUCGCUGGUUCACCCUUCGCUGCCCCUACCUUCCUCUUCCACACAAAAAGGCUAUAAAUGGGCCCGCUCCGUAGAUCUGGCCAAUGAUAGCGACGCGAUAGCCGAUUUUAAAACCAAACUUCCAAGUUUAGGCCAUACUUGGCCAUUUGAACUAGACGAUUUUCAAAAGCACGCGAUAUUGAAAAUAUCCAAGGGCGAAACCGUCCUAGUAGCGGCCCAUACUUCUGCAGGUAAAACGGUUAUAGCUGAAUACGCCAUUGCGCUCGCCAAACGAAACAAAACAAGAGUUGUUUACACCUCACCGAUUAAAGCUCUGUCGAAUCAAAAGUUCAGGGAUUUCAAAAAAAUAUUUGGUGAGGACAUAGGCCUGAUAACCGGAGAUGUAUGCAUAAAAUCCAACGCGUUUUGCCUCAUCAUGACCACCGAAAUUCUUAAAGUUAUGCUUUACACACAAGACGACCUUAUUUCAGAGCUAGAAUGGGUCAUCUUUGACGAAGUGCAUUACAUCAACGACGAAGAAAGGGGAGUCGUGUGGGAGGAAGUUUUUAUACUGCUACCACCGCACGUCAAAAUGAUAUUUCUUUCGGCUACGGCUCCUAACGCCUUGGAAUUCGCGGACUGGAUAGGUUCCAUCAAGCAUAGACCCAUAUACGUCAUUUACACUAGCAAGAGGCCUGUCCCGCUUGAACACUAUCUCUACAUCACCAAUCUAGACAAGGGCAAUCGCUCUAUUUCCUAUGGACAAAACGAUGGUCACACGUUCAUGAUUGUGGAUUCGUCCAACAACUUUUUAGCCGACCAUUUCAAGAUGGCGAAAUAUAAACUCGAUGCCGUCGCAACUCAACGGCGCUUUCCUUACCAAAAUCAUAAACCCAAUCUUUAUAAUAGGGGAGGGUCUAAUAAUCCUAAUGGCAAUAGGAAUUCUUCUGGGCCCAACAGAAGAGGAAGUUCCAGUAUGAGCUAUGGAAAUAGGCAACAACCCAACCGGCCCGUAACAGUCAUAAAGGAUAAAUCGGUUUGGAUUAACUUGAUAGAGCAUUGUAGACUAAACAACAAAUUGCCUGCCGUCGUCUUUCUUUUCAGCCGCAAGCGAAUUGAUACCAUCGUGCAGUCCUUGGAUGGUAUCUGUUUAACUGAUAAGAUCGAGAGGAAUAAAAUAGAGGUUUUCGUCAAGAAAUGUGUGGCCAAGCUCAAUCCUCUUGACCAGGAACUUCCGCAGGUACGCUACAUAACUAGACUCCUCUCUUCUGGGCUAGGUGUUCACCACAGCGGCAUUCUUCCUUUGCUUAAAGAGAUGGUCGAAUUCCUGUUCCACCAACAGUGCAUCAAGGUGUUGUUUGCCACAGAAACGUUUGCCACAGGCCUAAACAUGCCUGCCAAGACUGUGGUAUUUGAAACGCUAAGAAAAUUUGAUGGUUCUGGCUUCAGAAAUCUCAAUCCUGCAGAAUACGUCCAGAUGGCUGGAAGAGCUGGCAGAAGGGGUAUGGAUACUACCGGAAGCAUCUACAUUCUCUGCAAAGAUACCAUCUUAGACGAAAUAGACCUGAAAAUUAUAAUGUUAGGCACGCCGGCCAAGCUGGAGUCUAAAUUUUAUUUGAACUACAGUAUGAUUCUGCAUUUGUUGCAAAACAAGAACAUGAAAGCUGAGGAUAUGAUGAAACGUAGUUUUGCUGAGUUUUAUAAUCAGGCCAAUACAGGAAAUAAGUUGGAAGAGCUCAAACGUCAGAUAGACAAGACUGAGAAGCCCGAAGUCUUUAGUUGUACGACGUGCUUAGACGAUAUCGAUUAUUUGCUGGAAACGUUUAACAAUUUUUUCGAAGACCAAAAAUUUCUCAUGAACAAACUAUAUUCCUUCAAGCGUUUGAACGAAAUUUUGAAUCCCGGUCGCGUUAUUAUAUUUAAAUUGAUGGGAAAUGAAGACAAGACGAAUAGUUUUAUUGCUGCUAAACCUUCGUCCUCCAAAAUUAUCACCUAUCAAAUAUGUAUGGCCCUUGUUUUACGGGCCAAUCGACACAUGAAUACUCCCUAUCUGAAAGUGCUGUACGUGUUACCCAUCAAAAAAUCCCCGCUCUUCACUCACUUUAAACAGGGAAAUCAAACUGAUCAAUUUAACCAGAACGUGUUUUUGCUUCAAAUGCUGGUUCGAAACUGGGUCUUUUUGAAUGAUCAUUAUUUAGGUGGUGAGGGAUACACGCAGACGGAAGAAAUCGGCCAUAAUAAUAGACGCCAAUUAGACGAUUGCGAUAAAGAUAGGUUCGGUACUAAAGAGAUCGAUUUGAAAGACGUCCUUUAUCUUAGCAACUUGAGUUGUCCUAUUAACGCGGACGAAAUAUUGAGCAACGUAAAACAUUUCACCGGUAAGCAGAGGAAUCGCACUACUUAUUCUUCCCAGAAAGAUAACAUCAAUCAAUUUUUUGCGUUCGUUCCUUCACUUCUCUCCAAAUUGAAACAAGGCUCCUCUUCAAGUAGAUUCACAUCUACGAACACUUCUAAUUUCUACCUAGAACACCAAUCCUCGCUAUCUUAUAACAAUAACAAUAAAUUUGGGUCCAAAUCUUUAAACUUAGACACGGACGCGGAGCUUGAGGAGAUCCUAAAACGCAUGAUGUCAAUGUUAAGCAUAUCCCGCGAGUUUAAGUGCGUCAAAACGUGUUCCCGUUUGCUGCCUUCCUUUGAAAGUUGGCCCGCUAUCACACCUUUCCAUACUUCUGCCCACAGCCAACUGUUCGAUCAAAUGAUAGAUUGCCAUUUCAAGAAAUUUAUCGUUCAUGACAGUUACGAGAAGAAAUUGGCAACCUUGAAACAAUUGACGUCCGCCUAUAGUAAUAAUAAUGACCCUGACGGGGAAUCUAAAUAUGGCAACAUUCAGUUUUUGCCUGAAUACGAACAGAGGAUUGCGGUGCUCAAGAAGCUGGAAUACAUUGACGAAAAUCACGUGGCUCUCAUGAAAGGAAGGGUAGCGUGUUGCAUUACCAACGCGGAAUUAAUCAUAACGGAGCUGCUGUUUUGGAAUUAUUUCGAAAAUUUGAGCCCGGAAAUCAUUGUCGGAAUAUUGAGUUGCCUGGUAUGUCAGGAAAAGCAUAUUGAAACUCCGGCCCGUACACCCGAACUAGUAAAGCACCAACAAGAUUUUCUAAAUAUAGCCCGAAAGAUUGCCGAUGUGGAAAUGCAGUGCAAGAUUGACAGCGAAAAAUAUCUAGAAUCCUUCAAUUUCAGCAUGAUGGAAGUAGUAUACCACUGGGCUCUGGGGAAAUCGUUCAAAGAAGUAGCGACCCUAACUACGGCCCAAGAAGGCGCUAUAGUACGUUGCAUUCAAAGACUCGAGGAGAUUUGCCACAACGUUAGAAACGCGGCCAGGAUAAUUGGCGAAACUAAUUUAUACAAGAAAAUGGAGGAAGCGUCUUUUAAGAUAAAGAGGGAUAUUGUAUUUGCCGCUAGUCUAUAUACUGUGGAUUAAUUUUGAAAAAUACAUAUAUUUUUUUAAUAUAAAAUGUAUAAAAUUUUCUGAUAUUUUAUUAUUUUUUUUAGCCAAUGCUAUAUUACUCGAUUUAAAUAUUAGUUAAAAUUAUGCAUUAAGA